GUUACCCAGCCGCCUUCCUGCUUGCCUUCUCUUCACGUCUUCCCCUCCCCUUAGAUCCACCCCUUUCGUUGGUACAGUACUUCGGCCCGGCCAUUCGCUAGGCUGGCGGUUGCCUAGGCAACGAGUAGCUGCCGGCGCUGAGCCCGGGCCGGGCAGACUCGGAAGGGUUGCUGGCGGUUCGGACAUUGGGAUGAGGGGGCCGAACGGAGCGGAAGGACUCCGAGGGGGAGGCCCCGGACCCUCCACAGGCGGCGAGAAGCUCGGCAGAUUCUUGUAGGAAUGGCCCCAUUAUGCCCUUCAGUGCUGAAUUAUUUCUGGAUAGAGUGGUUAUAAUACUGGGAAAGAAGACUGAUGACUUAAGCAACUACUAUGACAGAUUAUUCACUCAUGUAGCAGCAACAUUCCGGAAAAUUAAUAGUUCCAGCAAUUUUUGAAGGAUUUGGCUAAUUUGCAAGAUGAAUCGUUACACAACUUUGAAGCAACUUGGGGAUGGAACGUAUGGCAGUGUGCUGAUGGGCAAGAGUAAUGAAUCAGGGGAGCUGGUGGCCAUCAAAAGAAUGAAAAGGAAGUUCUAUUCUUGGGAUGAAUGUAUGAACCUGAGAGAAGUCAAGUCUCUGAAAAAACUUAAUCAUGCCAAUGUGAUAAAGCUGAAAGAAGUUAUUCGAGAAAAUGACCAUCUUUAUUUUGUGUUUGAAUAUAUGAAAGAAAAUCUCUAUCAGCUGAUGAAAGACAGAACUAAGUUGUUCCCAGAGUCUGUUAUCAGGAACAUAAUGUAUCAGAUAUUACAAGGGUUAGCUUUUAUUCAUAAACAUGGAUUUUUCCACCGAGACAUGAAACCUGAAAAUCUUUUGUGUAUGGGUCCAGAACUUAUCAAAAUAGCUGAUUUUGGAUUGGCUAGGGAACUACGAUCACAACCCCCGUAUACUGACUAUGUUUCCACCAGAUGGUACCGUGCUCCUGAAGUUUUACUUAGAUCUUCUGUCUAUAGUUCUCCUAUUGACAUAUGGGCUGUUGGCAGCAUAAUGGCUGAACUAUACACAUUAAGACCACUUUUUCCAGGAACAAGUGAAGUUGAUGAAAUCUUUAAAAUUUGCCAAGUGCUAGGAACCCCAAAGAAAAAUGAUUGGCCAGAAGGAUACCAACUUGCAGCUGCAAUGAAUUUUCGCUUCCCUCAGUGUGUCUCCAUAAACUUAAAAACUCUCAUUCCAAAUGCCAGCAAUGAGGCAAUACAACUUAUGAGUGAUAUGCUGAACUGGGAUCCAAAGAAACGACCUACUGCAAGUCAGGUUUUGAAAUAUCCAUACUUUCAAGUCGGUCAAAUUUUAGGACCACCUCCACAAUAUGUGGAUCAGAAGCAAUCUCAUCUCAGAUCAACUCAGUCAACAGAGCCAAAACCAUCUCUACCCAGAUUGGAACCUGUAUCAAAGUUAGAAUCAAUAUCUAAACCAGAAUCUCAGUCUUCACCAGAUGCACCUGAGAAAAUUCAACCACAAUGUGUAAUGAGGAAUAGCCAGUAUCCCCUUCAGCCAAUUCAGCUGCCACAAAAUGUAACCAACCAGCAACCAUCAAAGCAACAGCAAUCACAGUCAUUUCUUCCAGCCAUCAACAAAAACUCAACACCAAAGCAAAUAGCCACAGGACCUUCAAAUGGUGCAGUGGGCCUGAAAAACUGUCGGCGUCGAUGGGGUCAGACUAUAUUAAAAACCAUGGAUAGUUUGGAUGAUUUUGACGGUGCAGAAUUUGGAAUUUCUCAUUCUAAGAAACCUAGCAUUACUGCGUUAAGUGAAAAGAAAACAAAAGAAUCACUUUUUAGUGUUCCUGAGGUGAAAUCCCCCAGCUCUGGUCAUUCAGGAGGAGAAAACAAGAUUCUGAAGAGAAAUGACUCUGGUAUUUCAACUACAUCAGCAAAACAGUACUACUUAAAACAAUCAAGAUAUCUACCUGGUGUCAACCCUAAGAUUGUUUCUUCAGGUGCAGUCAAUAAAGAGGCUUCACGUGGUCCUUGGAACAAUCCGUUGUUUUCGAAACCAGUAGCACCAAUGGGAGGUCUGUCUUUCAGUCGUGUUGCUGCAGAAGAAAACUUAAUUAAACCAAUUGAGAAACUGUCAUGCAAAGAAAGAAUGAAUGAAAAAUUAGAAGAGCCAAAAGGAAAUCCUGGCUUUGCAAGUGCUGCUUACAAUCCUGCUGGAGGAUAUAUCCCUUCCUUUCACAAAAAAGAAGUUGGUUCAGCUGGUCAGAGGAUACAACUAGCCCCUCUUGGUCCAUCAGCCACAGAAUAUGCAGAAUAUGCAUGGAAAACAAAAGCUGCUCGUGUUCAGUUAGCAGGGCCUACAUACAACCCAGCCACAAAAGGCAUCAACAUUUUAACUCGCCCACAACCAGUACAACCAGUGCAUGGAAGAACUGACUGGGUGGCGAAGUAUGGAGGACAUCGAUAGAGAUGCUAUUUCACACCAUGCAUACUUACUGUGACUGUCUAUAUCCAUUCCUUAAUCUUGAGACACUUUAAAAGUUAGUUCUACUAAUAGAAUAUCAAUACUGGAAAGAACGGAGAGCUUGUAUUUUAUUACCUCUAGGAAACUAUAUACAGAGAUGCAUAUAAUAAAUACAUUUUACUUAGAAAAGAAUCUUCAAAAUAGUGUCUCUAAGGGCUAGGGCUUUUGCUUGCAUUGAAAAGUAUUCAAUAAGAUAUCUUGCCAAAGCUAAUGAGUUUUUGAGCUCAUACUAGAUGAAUGGGAAGAUAAGGUUUGUUGGGCCCUCUUGAUGUGUUCUUAUAGAAAAUGUUUAGGAGAUGCAAAAAUGCAAAUAAAUGGACUAAUGUUUUGAUAACUAUGGCAAAAUUAUAUAUGGACACCAAAUGGAUAAAAGGUGUAGUGAAGAGUCAGUUUCAAACAUGUUGUUUCCAGAAUUCUUUUUUUAGAAAGUUGAAAGCAAAAUUUAUUGACACAAAUUGGAUUCUCUACUGCAUAUUUCAGCUAGCAUCAGAGGGUCCAGAACUGGUCGAUUUAUUUGUCUUGACUUUGGGUUGGCUGCGAGCCUUACAAAGUAUGACUGCAGAGUGUGACUCCACAGAUAGUCACUAUUACAAGUGUUUAUAGAGGGGAUAUAUCUUGAAAGGCCAAUUCUAUAUUUUUUCAUCCAUUGUAUGUAACUCCUAUGGAAGAAGGUGUGGAAUUCUUAAAACAUGUAAGUAAUUUCCAAACUGACCAAUGUUCGGUUUGCCUCGAAGUUUGACAGCAGACCUUACAGGAUGGGUAGGAAGUGAUUUGCCUCUAAACUGUAUUGGCCCUGAUGCCCCAAUCCUCAUGUGCUGUCGUGGGCUGGCAUCCUGCUGAAAUUGAAGAAACCUUUCAUUGCACAAAAGGUAUGCAAACCUAAGUGCUCUGCAAGCCUCUCACAUGUAAGAAGGCAUUAGAAUUAGGUGCUUGUUUGUCUUGUAAAGGUCUUCUGUAGGUAUGAUCAUAUGACAGUGCAAUGUAAAGUGUGGCUGGGGUUAUGAAAGCAUCCUUCCCUACCUAGAAUUCCAUUUAGCACACCAGCUGAGCCAGGAAAUGGAUAUUCUAGUUGCAAUUAAUGAGCAUAGCCCUCUCAUCUUGUACUCUGCAGACUACUCUCCCUUCACUGGUCAAAGCAUUUCCCUCCUACAGGUCCCUUCUUUAUAUGAGGUAGGGACUUUGUUGUUGCUAUACAAUUUUUUCCCCUAGGAAAACCAUACCACUUGGUUUUCCUUUUAAACUUUCCCUACUUUUGUUGAACUAGAUAAUUUAAUUAACAGUAGUGCCUUCUUUUGGUAACCAAAGCUGAACUAUAGAGUUUUCUACAAUAACUGCUUGAACCUCGUAACAAUUGGCAGUGUUUCUCCUUCGACCCUCUUUCUUAUAAUAUUCUGGUAUAGAAUAUAGUGUAGCAUAGAGACAUACAUGCAGCCUUCUUUCCUGUUUCCAAUGCCAUAAAGUAGACAGUGAUCCAAAAUCUUUGUGUUGUUUUAAUUUAUUUCUGUUUUUAAUAGGUACACUAAUAUAGUAGACAACAGGGAUCCAUUCUGCAUCUGUCAGAUUUAUUACUUUAAGCUGGCAUGCAGAAUCCAAGUUCCUCUGAAUGGUGCUUUGGAGUUCCUAUUAGCCUCAGCCAGCAUGGUCAUGGCUCGCUGGUAAUGGGAGAUGUGAGGUCAGCAACAUGGGGAAGGCCACAACUUCUCCACCCUUGCUCCAGGCUGUCCAUUCCUUCAAUUGCUAAAUGUUGUAGUAUUUAUUACAUUAAACAUGACAAUGCAGUUUUAACAGUGGCAUGUAGUAUACAGUACAUUUGUUUACAAUUGUGUAAUGUUAAAGAGUUCCUUGUAGGCUAACAAGUAUUUUUAUGUAUUUUAUAUUUUCAAAGCAUUUCUACUGUAGAAUACUUGUUGGUUGAUUUGAUAAUUAAAUUAGGGGUAAAAUGCACUUGAAUGCAAUUUUUAAAAUUUUAUAGAAAUUACAGAGAUGUUAAGCAUAAUGUUAAUACUGAAAAGUUCAUUUGAUUGGUACUGUAAAGGCUAAGUGAUUUUUAAAGUAAUUUUAAAGCUGUUGUUAUGCGGACUUGGAGGCCUAUCCACCUAAUGUGCUUCAGUCUCUCAAAAUGUACAAAUACGCAGUGUCAGUGAAAUGCUGUCUGGAAGGUAUACAUUUUCAUGUUUCAUGUUAGUACAGUAAAGAGCAAGAUAUUUAACCUUGCACCUAGAAUGGUUUUCAACUGAAAAUCAUAUGUUUUAUAAUAAAGUCAACUUCUCAGGAA